UACACGUCCUUUCUGUGGCUAAUACAGCUAUAAUUGAAAUCGAAUGUAUAGGUUAACGGCCAUACAUAUUUCCUUCUCUGCAAUAACAACCAAUUGAAUGUAUUUGGGAUGUCUGCUACUGACUGGUACGCGCAUAAAUCGCUGGAAAACGGUGUGUUUUGGAUCCAGGAGCGCUUUUAUGAAUCGGGGAACAGGGCGAAUAUUUGGCUCAUACGCGGGUCCCAUCAGGACGUCGUCAUAGAUACCGGGCUGGGGUUACGCAGCCUGCCUGAAUACAUCAACACCAAAGGGCUGUUAGGGGACGAUUCGAAGCGAAAGAACCCUCUGUUAGCUAUCGGCACGCAUGUGCAUUUCGACCAUUCGGGUGGGCUGCAUCAGUUUCAACAGGUGGGCGUGCACAAGGCGGAGGUGGAUGCUCUGGCUAACGGAGAUAACUUCGAGACAGUGACAUGGCUAUCUGACCGCGAGAUCGUGGAGAACCCAGCACCUGGCUGGAGAGCGAGACAGUACCGAGUGAAGGCCGUCACGCCCACUCACAUAUUACAAGAAGGUGAUGUCAUCAAUCUUGGGGACCGGCAGCUUACUGUUCUCCACAUGCCAGGUCAUUCCAGAGGAAGCAUCUGUCUCCAUGACAAGGAGAGCAAGAUGCUCUUUAGUGGUGAUGUGGUCUAUGAUGGAUCCAUGAUUGAUUGGCUGCCCUACAGUAGGAUCAGCGACUAUGUGUGCAGCUGUGAAAGGCUGCUGGAGAUGGUUGAUAAAGACGAGGUUGACCUGGUCAUGCCUGGCCAUUAUCACACUUUCGGGAGCAAACGGCUUCAUCGGUUAGCUUCCAACUAUAUCGCUAAUGCCGGUACUUGCCACAGAGCUUCCACAUGUGUGGUGAAGACCAUUGCCAGCCUUGCACUUCGAGCCUCCAACUCCCGAAGUGCCUGUUAGUAGUUAAGAUGAAGACUACUAUGCAACCGUAUCUGUCACAGCACACCUCGAUAUUGAGCACACUAAAACACUGAGCAAUACAGUGUGGUAAUGAUAUACAGGAACUGUUAAGCCAAGUGCACACAACAAGACUGAAGCUUCAUGCCUUUUCAUGUUUAAAGUCUGCAGCUAGCUUCAUACCCCAAAUCGUAGCAUAUAACUGAUGUUCUUCUAGUGCGCACUUGUGAGACACACUGUGAAUAGAAGGGGGUGAGAGUGAUCUUGUAAUUGAAGCACCUAGUCUGUGAUUAUUUGCGUAAACUGUGCAACAAAAGUACAGAAACCAAAAAAGAGGUUUUAAAUAUGUAGUUUGUAAUUCCUAUGAUACCAGAAAACUAGUCUUGAAUUGGUUGAACAAACAGGUAGUCCCACCUCAAACUAACACAAUUGAUUUAGUCAAUGUUGUUGUGUCAGACUGGAUGGGCUGCUCAAACAAACAGAGAACGUUUUGAUAGCACCAUAGUGUUACACUUUUAGGAGAAAGUGACCUACACAUGGCUUACAUAUAGUUGAUUUAUUUACAUAUAUGCAUUUUGGCAGAUGCUUUUAUCCAAAGCGACUUACAGUGCAUUCAAGAAAUACAUUGCAUCGGUUUGCAUGUUCCCUGCAUGGGAAUUGAACCCAUGAUCUUGGUGUUGCUAGCGCCAUUCUCUACCAGUUGAGGUACAGGAAAACUUAUUUAUAGUUGAAAACGUAUGAAGCUGGGAUACAAGAAAUAAUUUUAACAUUGGAUAAAGCCUACACACGUUUGCUAUACACAGGCUGACAGUCUUGUAGUGUUCAUUUGGCAUUUUAGUCCAAGAAUAGGGGUUGUGUUGGUGAGGGUUUAACUUGGUAAGAAAAAUGUAUUGUGCUGCAUCCAAUAACUUGUCAUAAAAACAAUAAUAAUUGAUAUUGCCAUAUUUUUAAUGAGUAAUUUCAUAUUUUAAAGGAAUAUUCCUGGUUUAAUGGAAGUGAACCUCUAACAAAAGCACCGGUAGUAUGCUGUCAAUUACUACAGAAAAUAUUGUAUGUACUUCAAAUAGAAGUCUACUGAGAAAAUAUACAACAAUGACCUGAAAGUGCAUUUCUGUCAAUAUGUUUUUUGGUUGUUUUGAAAAACUAAAGGAUGAGUUGGCCAGAUGCUGCCAAUAAACCCUUAACUUGUAUUUAACUUGGAAUAUUCCUUUUAAGGUAGAAAAACCUAAACUCUUAAAUCUGUAUAGUAAUCAUGUGUGUUUUUUGAGGUUUACUGAACUCAAAGACCAUGCAUUCUUCAAUAGUAUGUAUUCAGAUCCCCAAAACACUCAUAUUGUUGACUGCCUACAUUGGCACCCCCUUGCAGAAUCUGGGGGUGUUUAUCAUUAAAGAAGUUUAUCAUUAAAAAUAUAUAUAAAAAAUAGGGAUCAUAAAUUUUUUUUUGUUUUUUAGUACUGCCCUGAUAAAGCUAUUUUACUUAAAAUAUAACAUAUAUUCCACAAGACAAAUUAAUAGCUGAAUUUACACAAAUUAUCCUUUUCAAACAUUUACAUCACCUUGGUUCUUAAUAUGGUGUGUUGCUUCCUUGAUGAUCAAUGACUGUUUGUAUCUUUUUUGAUAGUUGUGCAUGAGUCUCUGCUUUGUGAGCAAUGGCUAUGUGAUGUUGAGAUCUAGAUUUUGACACUUGAGACAAUUAAGGGACACAUACACAACUAUUACAAAAGGCUCAAACAUUCAUUGAUGAUCAAGAUUGCAACACACUACAUUAAGAACCAAGGGGAUGUAAACUUUUGAACAGGAUGAUUUGUGUAAAUUGUUAUUAUUUUGUCUUUUGGGAUAUACACACACUGAGUAAUUUAUUAGGAACACUAUUGACCUGAUAAAGUGCCAAUGUGGUCUUUGCUAUUGUAGCCCAUCCCCCUCAAGGUUCGACAUGUUGUUACCGUAGCCUUUCUGUCAGCUCAAACCAGUCUGGCCAUUCUCCGUUGACCUCUCCCGUUAACAAGAUGUUUCCGAUUGGAUGUUUUUUGUUUUUGGCAUCAUUUGGAGUAAAUUCUAGAGACUGUUGUGCAUGAAAAUCCCAGGAGAUCAGCAGUUACAGAAAUACUCAAACCAGCCCAACUGGCACCAACAAGCAUGUUACUGUCUAAAUCACUAAGGCCCCAUUCUGAUGGUUGAUGUGAACAUUAACUGAAGCUCCUGACCUAUAUCUGCAUGAUUUUAUGCAUUGCUGAUUAGAUAAUUGCAUGAAUAAGUAGGUGCACAGGUUCUCAGUGAGUGUAUGUAAAUAUCUGUUAUGUAGCCUCUGAAGGGCAGUACUAAAAUACAAAAAAAUAUCUUAUCUCUUAAAUUUUAUAAAUUCUUAAAGGGCCGUGUAAACUAAUGAGACAAAAGGGGGAUGCCAACUUAUGCACUCAACUAUAAGAAUGUGGCUGCCAUAAAGCUGACAUAUUUACACUUUGAAUCACUUUUAAAAAUAUAAUACAUUGCAAGUUAAGUGUCUUUGAAGCGCCAGCUAUUUGUUAGUGUCAAUGAAAGACAAGGUUAAAAUGUAGUAGCAUACUGUUGACUUGUUUUCUAUGGCAGUCUCUGCAUGAGAUAUUGAUGUAGCACAGCAUGGAAGCAAACGACAUUCUAUUAUUCUAUAAGCCAAGAGUGAAAUGUGUUGUGUAUAUGGUUAAAGUGCAAUACUAAUGAGCAUAAGAAUCAUAAUCUCUUUUAGUGACAGUCACGUGAAAGAAAGAUGACUAGCCUUCACUGAAAGAUGCCUGAAUGUUUAUUUUUAUUUGGUUUACUUCCAUCACACUGCCUCCAUACUAGUAAUUAUCUUUAAUAUUGCAAACUGCCCAAUGGCUUUGCUUUAUUCCUAUUAGUAAUUUAGAACCAGAGAUGUCAGUGUGUCUUGAAGGGCAGUAGGUGGUUUGUGGUCAGCCAAAUGCUGAUUUUUCUUUCUUCAGUAAGCCACUGCCUUAGUUUAAGCUAAUGUAAUGGCCUCUUUAGUGUUCAAAUGUGAAAAUAUCACAUUUUGUGGGUUUAUGAGACAGGAUGUUUAAGGAACUUUGAGAAUGACUGAAAUCAAGUCACUCAUUUAUGUUGCCAAACUACAAAGAUGCUACUUUGUAUGACUGUUUUCGUUACUUAAAUCAUUUAUAUACUGAAAUGUCGUUUCCAUUUAAUUAAGAAGUAUCUUGUACAGAAGAGAAGAAUGCGUUUGUGUGAACAUGACCAUGAUAAAUUGUAUUUUACCAGUGUGUAUAUGAAUUUACAAUUGAAGUGAGCUUGUAUAUGUGCACUAUAUUUCUGCUCAGGAAUCCGUUCUUGAAUCCAUGCAAAAUGAGCAGUGCUAUACAUAAUAUUUAGUGCCUCUUGGAGAAUGAACAAACUAAUACCUCGCAAUGCCAUGAUUUAAUACCCAGGCACCUGUUUAACAAUAUACUCACUUUUGAUUCUG